UUGGCACUGUGUAAGGCUAGCCUUAAUCUACAAAUUGUUCAACGAUAAUAAUUAAACUGAUUUGAUCUUUUUAAAUCUUAUCUAUAAUUAGCUUUAAAAAAAACACGUGUGUCACUAUGACGCUAUGAUGUUAUGGAAACUUCAUCUUAUUUGUUUGUGAGAAAAAGAAAAAGACAUAAUAUUUCGUCAAGAAUAAUGGAUAAACGUUCAAGUUCUGAAAGCAAUAUUUCUUUGGAUAGCUUAGAAAACAAUUGUAUUGUAAAUACGAAACCAAAGCUCGACUCGCCAUUGGAUGAUAAUGUUGAUACAAUAUUGGUGCCAUUUUAUGAGAAGGAUGUACUUAUAAAGGUCCACAAAGAUCAAAAAAAGAAGACAAAGCAAGAACAUCGUUCAAGAAAGGAUACCUAUUCAACAAGUAACAGUUACCUUGUUAAAAGAGAUGUUAAAAAAAUCAAAACAUCGUCUUAUUUAGAGAAGUUUCGAAAGCAAUUCAUUCCUCAUAAUAUUAAAAAGAAACAAGUCGAACAGGAAAUACGUUCUUUAUCUCCCGAAUUUGGAGAUACUGAAAGAGAAAGCUUUGGGGAAGAAUAUAAUAAUCCAGUCACUGAAUUCUAUGAGACUGAAGCUUAUAAUGAAAUGUUUUAUGACAAAAUUCUGAAUGAUGAGCUUGAAGAUUAUCUAGAGAAUUCUUUUGAUGCAGGCCUUAAUUUGGAUGAUGGUGGAAGUCAAUCAGCCGAUGAUAAUAACCUCAAGAGCAUAUCGGAAGUUUCACCACCACAUCGUCAGGUGAGAAGAGCUACUGUUCAACCUAUACAAAAUAUAAAAUUAGGUGGUCUUGGUCCAGAUAUGGAAAAAAUCAAACCAAGACUAGAAAGAGCUAGAAGUCUGCAACGGUAUUCAGAAAAGGUAAGAAUGGAAAACAGAUUAAAAAUAUAUAAAAAGUCGUUGGAAAUCGAACUUGAAAAGAAAGCAAAUAGGAAUGGGUCUGCAAGACCACGGUGUGCAUCAAAGGAUUCUCCGAAGAAUGAGCAUAACGCCUCUUAUCUCGUCAACAAUUCAGCAGAUGAUAAAAUCAGCAAAACAUUGAAAAACUUCAAAACAAAACCUAAAUCAGCGAACAUAAAAGGGAAUAACGAAAAUUAUAAAAGAAAUGAGGAAGUAAUAAAACAAGGAGACAAUAAACAAAGAUCUCAACGACAAGAAUUUAAAACAAUUAAAAAGCAAUGUAAUAAUAACUCAAACAAAAAAGUGAAAACAGCACAAGAUGAUAACUUGAAGGUUACCAAGUCUGUUAGAUCUAGUGCAAAAAGUAAAGGCAUCAACACAGAAAAAGAUAGAGCCGAAAAUAUUGUACCUCCGGUACAAAUAAGUUUCUCUGUCAAUGUUGGUGGAGUUAGACCUUCCAGUGCGUUACGUACAUUAGAGGAAAAGCAUAGAAGGUACCAGGAACAAGUGAAGGCUUUCGCAUUUGAGAGGAACAAAAUGUAACAAUUUUUUUUGUGUAUAAAAUUGCCUAUGCACUAUUUUUAUGUUUUUGUUUGUAAAAAUUUUAAUAAACAAUUUGACACAAUCUAUGUUGUCC